AUGGGAUUUUUCUCCGGGCUUUGCAAAAUAGUUGACCAUCCCGGUUACGGUAAUGAUCUAUAUUUCGUCAGUUCGAUCAUUUCAAUAUUUUUGAUGGCUUUCGCGACAAAUCUUUUAUCUAGGUCGUUGUCUCGGCAGCUUCAACUUCAGAAAACUUUAAUAAAAUGUCCAAAGAUAUACGUCUCACAACAACAACAUUCUCGGAAAAUAAAUACUUGUAGAACAUGGGCAAGAACAAAUAAGGGUUUGAAACCCCAAACUUGUAAAUACCGAAUUAGUUAUUCUACAGAGAAAACUUCACAAUAUAUUUCUCGAGAAAAUUCGGCGACAAAAACAGGAUCUAAAAUAGAUGAGGUUGACAGCUCAGACAAGACAGUAUCACAAAGUAUUUCUCGAGAAAAUGCAAUAGGAAAGACAGAAAGCACUAUAGAUGUAGUUAAUGAACCUGAGCAACCUAAUGUGGACACUUCAGCUGAUGCAACUAUCCAAGAUUCAAAGUCUCUAAUUGAUAAAAAUCGCUUAAUGACAGAGAAUGCAAGCAUUGUUGAGUCAACAACUCCUUUGAUAAAUCCCGAGCAGAUAUCUUCUGAACAAGGGUUACAUAGAGGUGAAAAACUUUCUCAGAAGGGUAACCAAAUUCCAGUCGGGGAAAAAACAGAAGCUACUUUACCUGAAAUAGUGUCACAGUCCUCAUCACCUUAUCAACCUAUUCGAGAAACGAUAGCCGAGAAAGAGAAAAGCGACUCUUCAAGAAAGGAGCCAAGCGAUGAUGGUUCAUUUCGAAAUAAAUUUAAAGAAUUCUCAAAGAUAAAACUUUCAUCUCUACAUAAAUUACCUAUUUUCUUGAUUAUAUCAGCGAUAGGGUUGACCAGCAUUGGAAUAUAUCAAUUUUACUCUUCAAACAUCCAAAAAUAUCCAGAGACAAUUCGUAAUAAUUUAAAAAAAGGACUUUAUUAUCAGAAUUAUGCAAAUAAUUCGAAUUUAGCUGUAGACUAUUACCAAAAAGCUCUAACAGAAGCAUUACAUUCGCCCGAGUUAGAAAACUCAUCACCAGAAGUUACUGGCAUUAUGAUCCAGCUGGGUGGUUUAUACGAAGAACUUGGAAGAUUCCGCGACGCAAUAGAUGUACUUUCAAUGGCAUAUGAUGUAAUUGUUACACCGAAUGAUUCACCACCACUGAAAUUGGAUGGUCAAAAUCGAAUAAAAGCCAUCGGAAUAGCGCAAAAAAUCGGUGAUCUGUGUCAAACGAUAAAGCAGGAUGACUUAGCGGAGAAAUAUUAUGUCUGCGGAUUUUGGGCAAGAUUGUUUGGAAAAAAAUUGGAUGUGGAUACUAUGCCAUCAUGGAUGACUGCUGUAGAUCUUGGAGCUUCACUCGAGUCGUUAGCUUCCUUUUAUGCUCUACGGCAUAAAUAUACUUCCGCGCUUCCAUUAUACAUACGUGCAUUACAAUUGGUGAAUUCCAUUGAACUGCCAUGCCAUACAGCAGUUCUCAUGAAUAAUAUAUCAGAAGUGUUUACAGGAAUGGGUGAUCUGGAGGUAGCACAAGGGUGGGCAGAGCGUGGAUUAAGAAUCACGCAGGAGAAAUCACAUUUGCAAAAGAAAAAUUCAAGAGAGUGUGAUGAAACUCGUGGAGUAUUGCUAUUUAAUUUGGGAAUGAUAGCAGAGAGGAUCACAGCUGUAAUGAAUGAUGCCAAGGAAGAUACUGCUUCGUCGUAA